AUGAACUUGUCAGCGGCCUUCAGAACUGGGUACCCAUGGGCGCAGGCGCCGCUCAUUGUGAGCGCGCCCAUGCGCCUUAUUGCACUCGCGCCGCUAGCCGUCCAAGUGUCGCGCGCAGGUGGCCUCGGCUUCAUUGCCGCCGGGAGCGAUACAAGCAUCCUCGAGCCCAAUCUCCGCGAAGCCCACCAGCAGCUCACAGCCGACCCCAUUCCCGGCUCAGACCCGCGCACGGUGCUUCCUAUCGGCGUGGGCUUCAUCAACUGGGGCGCAGACCUCGGGCAAGCAACCGCUCUGCUGGGGAAAUACACGCCUGCCGCGGCUUGGUUCUUCGCACCGCGCGAGACGGACCAUCUCCGGCUCUGGGCGAGCACCAUCCGCGAAGCCACCCGGAGCCGCACGAGCAUCUGGGUCCAGGUCGGCACCGUUGCCGAGGCCCUGGCCGUGACGCUGGCGUGCAAGCCGGACGUCCUGGUCGUCCAGGGCACCGAUGCGGGCGGCCAUGGCCGCGAGCGCGGCGCCGGCAUCAUUGCUCUCAUGCCCGAGGUCGCCGACGCCGUCGCCGACCUGGACCUGGCCCCAGAGGAGACGCCGGCCCUGGUUGCCGCGGGCGGCAUCGCCGAUGGCCGUGGCGUCGCAGCAGCGCUGGUCUUGGGGGCAGAGGCCGUCGUCUUGGGCACGCGUUUCCUCGCGAGUCCGGAGGCGGCCAUUGCGCCGGGCUACAGGGCCGAAGUCAUCCGGGCAAGCGACGGCGGCGUCGGCACGGCGCGGACCAAGGUCUACGACCAGCUGCGCGGCACUACGGACUGGCCAGAGGGAUUCAACGGGCGGGGAAUCCUGAACCGGAGCUGGGAAGACGCGGAGAAGGGCAUGCCGGUCGAGGAGAACAAGAAGCUCUAUGAAGAGGCCGUCAAGCUCGGCGACGGCGGCUGGGGACCACAGGGGAGGAUGACGGCGUAUGCAGGCACGGCUGUGGGGCUGGUGAAAAGGGCGAUGGCGGCAAAGGAGAUUGUGGAGGAGGUAAGAGAAGGCGCAAGAAGCGUCCUGCGUGGGCAGGACGAGUCUUGUUGGACAGGCCGCACGUAG